ACGUCAUCUGAAACGGACCGAUAACAUGUCCGGUCUAAGGUAGAGCUAGCAAGGAAGCAAACUGUUAAAUAUUACUCACGAAGUUAAAAGGCGGAAAUGUUUUUACAUUCCGACACUCAGACAGCUGAGUGACACGGCUAAACUUACAGCUGAAGUAGAUAUUUUGCAGAGACUGCGAGACAUACAGAGGAAUGAGCGAUACUUAUCAAGGAAGUCGCUCAAUUUGCUAGCGAAAAAGUAGCUAGCUCAGCUGCUAUCCGUCGUUAGCGAGGGGAGUUCUUUGUUUUGUUUUUCAGGUGGAGGUUCGACUAAACAUGAAGAGAGACUAUUAGUGUUCAACUUUUACUUAGGAGUUUUAUACCUAUAAGCAUGUAAAGAGUGUUCACGGCGGUAGACAGCUGAACAGUAAACAAUUUCUGUUAUAACAAACUAAACAGCCGACGGGAGCAACUUUAGCAGCGAAGAUCUGAUUGUUGGCGUGGCUCAGGAACGGACACGACGAAAUGGGUAACUGUCUCAAGUCUCCCACAGCAGACGACAUUUCUCUGUUGCAUGAAUCCCAGUCAGACAGAGCAAGUUUCGGAGACGGGACAGACCCGGACCUGGAGCCGCCUCCGCCCUACCAGGAGCAGGCUCACAUGCCCAUGUACCAUCCCACACCCAGUCAGGCUCGUCUGGUCACCCAGCUGACAGAAGAGGAGCAGAUCCGCAUAGCUCAGCGUAUUGGCCUUAUCCAGCACCUCCCUAAGGGCGUUUAUGACGGAGGGCAAGACGGCUCAGAGAAAAAGAUCAGAGAAUGCGUGAUCUGUAUGCUGGACUUUGUUUAUGGGGACCCCAUCCGGUUCUUGCCGUGUAUGCACAUCUACCACAUGGACUGUAUAGACGACUGGCUCAUGAGAUCCUUCACCUGCCCCUCCUGCAUGGAGCCUGUGGAUGCUGCCCUGCUCUCCACCUACGAGACCAACUGAUUUACCACCACCCCACCUCUCCAAAAUUCAAUAUAUCACACACGACCCCUUCAGCUCCCAAAACCCAGCAGCUGCCCUCUCAUAGAGUGAGAGGAGCUGAAAAAAAGUGUUGGCUGUUGUCUUGCACUUUGAAAAUUUCAAAGUUCACUCACCUAAAGUUGGCCUUUCAUGCCCCUGGUCUGAUUCCAGAUUGAGCUGGUCUUAAAUAUCUGUUACACAAGUCUUUAAGAAAUGGGUGUCCCGGCGACCCUGCAUGAUUGUGUUUCUAUGUUUCUGUCAUGCUGAGGCACUCUCCAGCUUUGCCGCUAACAGCGAGCAUGUGGCAUUUGUAUGUGAAAGAGCUGUUUGGUGACUGCGUUUCCACUUGAGCAGGUCUCAGUGGCGUUCUCCACAUCAGUUGGCACCAGUUCACCUUCAUUCAUCAUUGAUCGUGACUUAAAUGUACAAUUUGGUUCACAAAUUAUUGAUUAAAAUGCUCGGAGGAUUUGCUAGAUAUGUGUUGGAUGAAAUUUGAGGUUUUCUGUGGCAACAGUAAACAAGGCCUUAUUGAUCUGUUAAACACAUUAAAAUAGCCCUGCUCUUUGGAGAUAUGGGAACACACAGCUGACAUUUACACUGUUGGUGUAGGGGAGAAACCAAACCUGUCGCUCUCCAGUUAAGCAGGAUUACAAAAGAAUACACUUUACAGAAAUCGCCCAAAGUGUAAGAGUAUACAAUGGUGUACUUUAUUUAUAUCAAUUAUACUUGAUAUGUGUCUUUAGCCAUUCCUUUAAAAAUAUUUUGAGGAGGGUGGAAAUUUUUUUUUUUUUUUUGGGUAAUGAUUGACCUGACGACAUAUUGACGCUUACAGCCAGUGUAAAGGGCUCAUUUGUGUAUGGGCAGGUGGAUCAGUCAGUCAGAAAUCAGAAGCGCUUGCACACACUUCAUCUGAUCCAGAGAUUUGCACUUUACUCCUAGGACAUUACGUGAAACCAUAUAUUAAUAUAUGUACCUUAUAACCUUGCACUAUCGAUACUUCAUUCCUUUAUCUCCUGAGAUGCAAAAUUUAUAUAGCUAAUAAAGAUGUUUUCAAAGCCGUCAGUAGUCACUUAUCACAUUGAAGUAAUCCUGAAGAUGCAUUUCAUGAAAGUGUGGAAAUCCACUUUGUUGUGCAAUUUCUGAUUGUUCUUUGAGGGAUUUUUGUGUACAUGAAGGGACAGAGGCUUGCUCAGUAAAGGAAUGGUUUGACAUUAAAGCUUCUUCAAAUUCUUGUUGAGAGUUGAUAAGAUUGAUUAAUUUCAUUAAAUAGAAGUUAUUGUGCUAAUUUUCAGUUCCAUGGUAUUGUUCUUGGGCUUUUCUGGAGUAGCUUUGCCUGAGGAACAUUUCAGGCCUUGCGGCAGCUCUUAGGUUUAUUAGACAAUCUUUGAUUGGCUGCCCCUCUAAGAGGAAAGUUUUUAACCACAUGUGGGGCUUGUGUGGCCGCAACUGGACCCGUCCACAUGACUAUAUCAAAAAUAUCUGCUCUCGCUGACUUUAUACAGAUCUAAGAAAAACAGUGUUUGAAACUGAGCCUCUAGCGCAGCCUGAAGCCUGACUCACAGGGUUAACAUUUACAUACUCUUUAUUUGAAGCUUUUCCCGUGUUUAAUAUGAGCACCACCAUUGUAAACAUAUAUCUAUGACAGGAAGUAAUGAAAAACUUCAUGGGUCCAUUUUAAAUACACUGAGAAACAGCUAUCCUGGCUCUCUCCAAAAUCCAAAUAUCUAUCCCCCUGCAGGGACAUGCUGUCCAGCAAGAAACUGCACCGGCAUGUUCACCAUCGUUUGUUUCCAUGUAAAGAUUAACAAGAUUUAAGUUUUUGUUCGGUGAUUGUCAUUGUGGUAUUGUGCUCUUUGAACAGAGCCAGAUGAGCUGUUCCCAGGCUUUAUGCUAAGCUAAUUGCAUUCCCUAAUCCAGCUUCAUCCCUAACACAGAGACAACCUUUGUCUCUAAGAAAAUAAUGUUGAACUAUUCCUUUAAUAAAGAGGCAUUGUCUGGCAUAGUUGUUUAAUUUUGAAUCUACACAAAUACAGUUUUCUGCACCAAUAUCGAUCACAUUUUUGUUUUGUUACACAUUUUUUUUCUGUUUUUCCUUUUUAUUUGUGGUGUUGUUCAGUGGUGGUGUUGGUGUCUCUUUCUAAUAUAUGUUGAAAACCCACUUUAUAUUGAAGUUAAGUAUCUAGCUGCUUGUUACACUGGUUUCAGUCUGACCGUGCAAACCUCUGUCCCAGCUGAAUUUUCAGUGUGAGAGAGUUAAAACUGAGAUCACGUUUUUCACUGAGCUUUCCCUUGCUGUGUUUUUCAUGAAUAUUUCCUUAUAAUCUUUUUUUCCUCCUUUCUUUUUUUUGGAUGGCUAACAAGCCCUUGUGUAAAUAAAAUAAUAAUAAAAAGUGAAAAAUGAUAUGUGGUUUUGUGUAAUUAAUAUAGAAAUGGCCUCUAACUUAACCGUCUUU